UGGUGAUUUUUGAGCCGACGACAGAGACCUGCACAGAGGGGACCAAGCAGUGCGACCUGAACGCCCAGUGUGUGGACUACCCCCUCGGCUACUGCUGCAGGUGUUUGGAUAAUUACUAUGGCAACGGGAUCAGCUGUCUGGAGAUGGGAGAGCCUCAGCGAUUGAAUGGCAAGGUUUAUGGAGAACUGAACGGAAGCCCUGUAGCUAAUCUGGACAUGCAUAUAUACAUUGUGUCGCGAGACGGGAGAGCUUACACUGCCGUCAGCCGCAUACCUCCAGAAAUGGAGGGAAAUAUGCGCUCAUUGGUUACCAUUGGAGGAAUCAUGGGAUGGAUGUUUGCACAGACUCAACAUCCAGAUGCCAAAAAUGGAUACACGUUGACAGGUGGAGUUCUGAAUCGUACCGCAGUAAUUAGGCAUUCUACAGGAGAACAGGUCCAGAUCAUUCAGAAAUUCUUUGGUCACGAUGCCCAAGGUCACAUGAGACUAGAAACUGAAAUCCAGGGCAGCGUUCCCGCGGUCCCAGUCAAUUCUACCUUCACUCUCAAUGAUUACAUAGAGGAGUAUGAACGAGUUGGAGCAGGAACCUGGCAAUCCGUAUCUACUGGCCGUUACAUUGUGAACGGAAGAACUCGUCAGUAUGAACUGGAUCAGACCAUCAGGUACGAGGAAUGUAAAUACAGCACUGACCCCCAGCCCGACGUCCUGAGGCUGUCCACCAGCAGGAAUUAUCUCAGUUACGAGGAGGACCAGAAAAUCGUCCGCUACAUCUUGACGGCAAAAAUAGGAGUCAGUCGAACAGGUCUUGAUCCAUGUAUAGAGGGUGCUACUAAAUGUCACUCGUCUGCGGAGUGUAUUCCAGACGGAACAGAUUUUAGGUGUCAGUGUCGUACAGGAUUCCUUGGGGAUGGAACAGACUGUCAAGAUGUGAACGAAUGUACAGAUAACCCCUGUGACGUUAACGCUGACUGUUACAACCUUCCUGGCUCAUUUGAGUGUACCUGUCGAUUCGGUUUCACAGGAAACGGGCUUCAGUGUCAGCGAGAGGUGUCAUUAUGUGAUGGUGAUGUCUGCCAUCAGAAUGCUCGCUGUGUUUUCAACAGUGACAUCGGCCUGCCCAUGUGUGAAUGCAAUGCUGGCUUCUAUGGAGAUGGGCUGAACUGUACUGCUCUAGUAUUUGAGUGUAAUGAGGCCCCGGAGGUCUGCCAUCAGGAUGCGGAGUGUGUGUACGACUAUAACGAGCAGCGGUACAAGUGUGAGUGUGGGGAGGGGUUCAGUGGGGAUGGACUCGUCUGCGAGACCAUCAGUGAGAGCCAGUGUGAGCGGUGCCACGUCAAUGCUACGUGUGUCUUCAACAUCAACACGUUUACCCACGUCUGUCAGUGUAAUCCGGGAUUUACUGGCGACGGAAGAUACUGUUCUACUAUUGAGGUUCCAGAUGUUUGCAGACGUUGUAGUGAGAAUGCCGAGUGUUUGUACGAUGUCUCUAAACAAGACUACACGUGUCAGUGUCGAUCUGAUUACCGUGGUGACGGCUUCAACUGUACUCAGGUGGACUGUCGCUACGAACAAAUCUGCGAUCCCAAUGCUGACUGCAUGUAUGAUCCAUUUGAACUGAGGCAUCUGUGUCUGUGCAGAAAUGGAUUUACAGGUAAUGGUAUGACUUGCGAGCCUGAGGGGUGUGAAGUUUACAAUGACUGUGACGUGAACGCCCAGUGUCUCCCGGAUCCUAGGUAUACCAAUAGGUACGCCUGUCGCUGUAAUCAGGGAUACAGGGGGGACGGCAAAUACUGUCAGCAAGAGGAGGUUUCCUGUAACCAGAUCAACAACUGCUCCCCGUUUGCCGAGUGUCUGUACAACCUCUCUGUAAACUCCUUUAGGUGUCGCUGUAGGCCAGGCUAUGACGGCGACGGAAAGAUCUGUACCCCUAGUGGUCAUAAUUGCCAGAGAAAUCCUACCGUGUGUGAUCCUAAUGCUAACUGUGUUCCCACUGGAGACAUGUACAUGUGUGUGUGUAACUCCGGCUUCAGGGGAGACGGCAAGCUUUGUUACAGGACAAGCUCUGACGACUAUCUGUUACUGUCUCAGGGUAAAACAAUCAGUCGUGUCAAUAUGGACCAAGAAGAUGGACCAGGGCAACUUAUUCUUUACCAGCCUGAUCAGCUGAUUGUUGCCGUGGAUGCUGAUUGUGCUGAUGGCAGUAUACUUUACACUGAUGUUGUGGGAGGAAAUAUUUACCAUGCUUCUGGAAAUGGUUCCAGUCUUAAUGUCCUGGUAUCAGGUCUGAAGUCCCCUGAAGGUCUCUCCAUAGACUGGGUGUCGCGGAACAUGUACUGGACAGACUCGGAGAUGGACUGUAUCGAGGUGUCCAGACUGAACGGAACGUCCAGAAAGAGGCUGUUUGACAAGGAACUGGUCAAUCCCAGAGCCAUUGUAGUCAAUCCACAGAGAGGGAGAAUGUACUGGACAGACUGGAACCGAGGCGCCCCUAAAAUAGAAGUGGCUGACAUGGACGGCACAAACAGAAAGGUGUUCGUAGACUCUGACCUCAGUCUGCCUAAUGGUUUGACCCUUGACCUGUAUUCCAGUCAGGUGUGUUGGGGAGAUGCAGGAUCCAGAAAAGUAGAAUGUGUACGUGAAGAUGGAGUGGGGCGUGUUACUCUGACAGACUCCGCCCCUUAUCCGUUUGGCAUCACUUACCAAGGAAACAGUGUGUACUGGACAGACUGGUCUCAGAACUCUGUGAUGGAGGUGAGCCGUGGGGUGAGACCGACGAGUUCUCUACAACUUCCUGUGGGAGGGAACGGCAAGCUGUACGGAAUCACCAGUGUGUCAUCCUGUCCCAGAAUAAACAAUGCCUGCUCCCUGAACAAUGGUGGGUGCCGGUUCCUAUGUUUACCCACACCUAAUGGUGGCAGAACCUGUAUGUGUCCUGAUGACAUCUCUGAGCAGAAAUGUAACGAGAUUUCCGUCAUCAGAAAGAAAAAGUAGAGGAAGGGACCAAAUAGUCACAAAUACUCAAGAACUUGAGAGACGAGGAACAAGUUAUGUGUGAGACAUCAUAGAACUCAGCAUGUGCCAAACAGAGACGUUAUAGCUGAAUUAAUGGUGAUUUUAGUUUGUGGACUUGUGUAAAUACUUGGUAGCUAGCAGUAUUCAGAUUGUCUGGGUGUCUGUAGUGUCGAUGAGAGAGUGUGAGUGUUAUGGAAUGACAAGAUGACAGAAUUGUCAUUCUUUUAGGAAUAGAAGCCAUAUGAAAUAGAUUUAUUCUAGUGGUCAAAUAGAAUGUGUACCAAUAAAAAAUAAUCCUUUUAAUACAUUGUUAACUGUUCCAUUAAAAAAAUACUCAUGAAUGCAACAUAAUCAGAAGUGAUUUUACCUAGAAUAAACAUUUACCAUUUUGCUUAAGGAGUUAAACAUCGGAAAAGGGUUUUUUCACCUGUGUUUUGCAAAUCCCAAAGAUUUUGUUGGUUAAAUGUUAUAUAGUCAAAUAUUGUUAUACAUAAGUAGUAUAUUGUCGAUUAAUUCUUUUUAAAGAUGUAUUUGAUGCUUUUAUAAUAGUGUCAUGGUUUGUAUGUUUAUUUUAUUUUCAGAGAAAAAACAUAUUUUGUUGAAUUUUAAUUUGGACGUAAAAACUCCUUUUUAUACUAGGCCUGAGAGUUAUAGAUAUAAGUGUAGUACUAAUGUGUGUAUUUAACUGGGACUUUAUUUUAGACAUGGUAUUAAAUUGACAAUAAUUCCUUGUUAAUUUGAUUCUUAUUUCCAUCUUUAUCUGAAAGAUCAAUGAAAAGGUGAUAAAAGAUCAAUUCUUGUCAGUUCCACCUGAGCAGGUGACGAGAUUUGUUGAUCCUUCAUUAAUCCAACUUUUUUUUUCUUUUUUUUUUCUCAUAUUUCAAAAUCGUUAAUGUGACGUAUUUCUCUGUAUUCUGUGAAUUUAGUUUUUCAAGAUCAAUGUAUAACAGCUGACUAUUGCCAUGAAAGGCAAUAAGGAGAAUAAAAUUAUUAAUAAUUA